GUUUUAUUUAGCAGCUAGGGAGAGCUCCAUGAAGAUGGGAGUUCAUAGUAUCCUGCAACAAUAGUCCUCCUUAUUAUUCCUCAAGUUCUCCUGUCCUCUCUGACCUACAAGUAUACCCGUUUCAGUCGAUUGGCAGCUUAGAAUUCUCUCAUUCUCUCACUCAUACCAAUCCAUACCACGGAAACUAUCGUUCAAGAACACACAUAUCCCACGAUGGCUACCAACGGCCAUAGCAAUGGAGCAACCGACAGCUUCACAAACUAUGUUGCCUACCGAGACCCCAAGGCUCUUGGACAAGAGCGGAUUGGACAUCUUGACCUUGAGAAAUCAACCAUUCAGCCCCUGAGCUUUCAAUCCGGGGCCCCAAUUUCUGAUCUGUACCAAGUUAUCGAGAUCGGAGAAUCACAUAUCAAGCAAUCGGGGGAGGUAAUUUCUCUCUCCUCUGUGGAGUUGCUCGCACCUAUCAGUGGCAGAGAUGUUCUCGCCGUGGGCAAAAACUACUCGGAACAUGCCAAGGAGUUCAAUUCAUCAGGCUACGAUUCCAGUGAUAAAGUCGACCAGCCAACUCAUCCAGUUAUCUUCACAAAACGAGCAACGAGCAUAAUUGCCAGCGGUGAGCCAAUCUUCCCACACCAAGGGUUUACUGAAACCUUGGAUUAUGAGGGGGAGAUCGGUGUGAUUAUUGGGAAGGGUGGGUUUAAGAUACAGGAAGCGGAUGCCAUGAAUCAUGUUUGGGGAUAUACGAUAAUCAAUGACGUAACUGCGCGAGAAAGGCAGAGAGAUCACAAGCAGUUUUAUAUUGGAAAAUCUGCGGACACGUUUUGUCCCAUGGGCCCAAUUGCUGUCCCAGCACACAAACUACCAAAGUCACUCGGGGUCCAGACCUUUGUCAAUGGUGAGAAAAGACAAGAGUCGACAAUCGACCAGCUUAUAUUUUCUGUCCCGUUCUUAAUCAAGACACUUUCCGAGGGACAAACACUCCAGCCUGGCGAUGUCAUUGCCACUGGAACGCCAGCAGGCGUUGGCUUUGGACAAAAGCCCCCGGUUUUCCUCAAACCAGGAGACGUAGUGGAGGUAUCAGUCACCGGUCUUGGUGUGCUGAGAAACACGAUCGCAGAGCCGUCCGCAAAGAAUCAAACAGUUCCUCGUGUUUCCAAAAUUACGCACAUUCAGACCAGUAACCUCAACAAGACCUGUGGGGGAGUCGGUCUCACUUCCAUCAACUCGAAGCACCUGUACUACCGCCAUGCCGGGAACCCGACCGGCUCACCUAUAAUAUUCAUUCACGGCCUUGGGGGAUCGUCUGAAUACUACACCCCCUUGGUAUCCUCUCUCGGGCUGGAAAAGUCCUACUCUCUGCACUUCCUUGAUCUUGAAGGACAUGGCCUCUCCCCUACAUCUGCGGCUUCUACUGUUUCAAUAUCCAGUUACGCAUCAGAUUUUCAUGCUUUGGCCCAACAUGCCAAGAUCAGCGGAGCAACUGUCAUCGCUCAUAGCAUGGGCUGUUUCAUAGCUCUCACACUGGCCAUCAAAUAUCCAGAGCUGGUCUCUAAAUUGGUGCUGAUAGGACCACCCCCGAACCCACUGCCAGAAGGUGGUCAGAAUGGAUCCAUCGCUAGAGCAGCGAUUGUGCGAGGUUCUGGUAUGGCCGCUGUCGUCGAUGCAGUUGCAACAGCCGGAACAUCUGCCCGGACCAAAGCCGAGAACCCAUUGGCUAUUGCUGCCACUAGAAUGUCCCUCCUUGGCCAGGAUCCUGAAGGAUAUGCCAAGGGUUGCACAGCACUUGCAGGAGUUGCGCAAAAGCUUCCCGUGCAAGAAAUCAAGGCGAAGACUCUUAUUGUCACCGGGGAUGAAGACAAGGUCUCACCUCCACAGGUAUGCGAGAAUUAUGUAGGGGAGAUCAAGGGAGCUGAACUCCAAGUCCUACGUGAAGUUGGACACUGGCAUAUAUUUGAGGAUUUGAAGGGCGUUGCGGGUGCAGUAGAAGCAUUCCUGAAAUAAGGCAGUGCACAAGAGGAUUUAGCAUAAUAUCAGAGCCCAGAUAUAGACCAACAAGCCAUAGAUUAUGUCUAGUUUGGGAUGCGC